CUGCCUUUCUCACCCUUGCCCUCUCUUUCCCCAUUCCCUCUCUCCCUCCCCCCUUGUCCCGUAGCUGCUCUCUCUCUCUCUCUCUCUCUCUCUCUCGCUCUCUCUCCCUCCUCAACUCUCCUCUCUUCUUUUUCUGUGUUUGAAUGGAGAAGGUGGGUUCCCUGGUCCCUGCACGUCCGUCUUCGGGCUCAGGGCCCGUUGCAGAGGAUUUGGUUGCCAAGGCUGCAGAAGUUAAAGAAAAUGAGGAAUCAGAGGCGGUCAGCUCCAAACUGUUUCGAUGUGCUUGCAUGAGGCGUUGGAUACCUCUGGCCUACAGGGAAGAACUCUACCAGGUCCUAAGACUCACAGGUCCAUUGCUUCUGUCUCGGAUUCUGAACUUCCUCCUGCCGUUUGUCUGCACCAUAUUCUGUGGUCACAUUGGAAAUGCAGAGCUGGCUGGAUACGCGCUGGCCUCGGCGACCAUUAAUGUGACCACAGGUGCAACAGGUUAUGGCCUUGUUUUGGCUUGUGACACACUUAUUUCACAGACAUAUGGCAGUAAGAAUUUGAAACGCAUUGGAAUUAUUUUGCAAAGGAGCUCAUUAAUCCUGCUGCUGUUUUGUCUGCCCUGUUGGGCCCUUCUCAUCAACUCUGAAAACUUACUGCUCCUCUUGCAUCAAGAAGAAGAGGUGGCGAGGAUCGCCCAGAUCUAUAUGAUGGCAUUUCUUCCAGCUGUUCCAGCCAUGUUCCUGCACCAGCUGCAAGUUGCCUACCUACAGAACCAAGGGAUCAUUCUGCCUCAGAUGUACACGGCAGCAGUCGCAAACAUUAUCAACCUGGGGGUCAACUACGUCUUAAUCUACACCCUCCAUUUGGGUGUCACGGGUUCAGCCAUUGCCUCCAGCCUCUCUCAGAUCACCAUCUGCCUGCUGUUGUUUGUCUACAUCAGAUGGAAGAAACUCCAUCAGCUGACAUGGGGAGGCUGGUCCACUGACUGUCUGCAGGAGUGGGGCUCCUACAUGCAUCUGGCUGUACCUGGUGCUUUCAUGAUCUGCUUUGAGUGGUGGAUCUGGGAGAUUGGAAGUUUCCUUGCUGGUAUACUUGGUGAGACGGAUCUUGCUGCCCAGCAUAUAAUCGAUGAGAUAGGAACCAUAAUAUACAUGAUUCCUCUAGGUAUCCAUGCAGCUGCGUGUGUGCGUGUUGGAAAUGCUCUUGGGGCCGGAAACACCUCCAGGGCCUUAAUUACGUGCAAAGUGGCCCUGGUUCUAGCAGGAACGCUCGCUGUGCUCCAGGGGGUUGUCGUCACCAGCUGUAAGUCUUUCAUUGGCCUCAUAUUUACCUCUGAUAAAGACAUCAUGGAGAUCGUCUCACGGAACCUCACAGUCUACACAUUUGUGCAAUUCUUUGACGCCAUUCUGUGUGUCUGCUCAGGGAUUCUUGUUGGAGCUGGGAUGCAGAAAAUUGCUGCCUUGUCCAACCUGGUCAGUUACUACUGCAUUGGUCUGCCUGUGGGAAUAGCUCUGAUGUUUCCUGCCCAGCUUAGGAUAUUAGGUUUGUGGCUGGGUCUCCUCGUCUGUGUUGUCCUUCAGACGGGAUUCUUCCUCUUUAUAAUCUUUAAACUUAACUGGAAGAAAGUCACACAGAAGGCUCAACAGCGCGCUGGAAGGACAGUGGUGGUGGUGUUACCAAAGCGGCCUGUUAGUACAGUCCUGACUGAAGGGAUAGUGCCUGACCUCUCAGACUGCCCGGUCACAGCCCCGUUGGACAGGGAAGAAGUCCCUAAAACAGUGGGUUACAGUGCAGUCCACACAGAGGAUCGGGAGCUGAAAGCCAAUCAUGAAAAAGAUGGGAACAAAUCAGCUGCAGGGGGGGCUGACGGAGUCGCUGAGCAAAGCAAAAACACCAAACCUCAAACGCCGCUAUCCGUCUGUCAGCUGAUCUUGCGUCGGGGGUUCACUUUGAUAGUGUCAGUUCUCAUUUUGAUUAUAGGUGUUGCUUUCCAUAUUGCUUUUCCUGCACCUGAGCCCUCUGUUCAGAGCAGGACCAAUUUCACCCUUAACUGGGCUAAUGAUUCCACUGCUACACCUCUGACUCCAAUGGACCUGAACAAAAGCCUCUGAGCCCUCUCUGUAUGUAUACGUCUGAUUGAUAAACAGUCCUCACAAACUGACUUUUGGAGCUCUCAAAGAGAGAAAAGUGCUGGAUUCCUGUUUUUUUUUCCACAGUAGACAUACAGAGUUGGGUUGUUGUUUUGAUAAAACUCUGCCUGAGGCUACCAACUCUGUCUAGUUCAGAGGAAAAGAUGGCUAAUCUCCGCACUGCUGAGCAAAUCCACAGAAAAACAAAUAAAACUGAGACUGACACAAUGAUCAAAGGUCUUUCUAACAGAAGUUGUGUUUUAACCUUCUCUGCCAGUGAUGGUGAACAGGGACGAUGGGACACAUUAGUGUAAAAAAAAUUCAAACUGAGAGACUAUAUGUGCAUUAA